AUGAUUAUAAACCGGGACAAAAUAACAGAAAAACUAGACCAAGAAAUUCAAAAAAGACGUGAAAAAGUUGAAAAAUGGAGAGAACAACAGAAAAAACUUCAAGAAAAGAAGACUGCAGAAGGAACACUUCCCCCUCCAUUACCUGAAGAAGCCAAACCUUCCUCUUCGUGGACUUUGGAAGGAGAAGAUGACGAUGAAGACAAUGUAAUUGAAAAUGGGAAUGGAACUGUUAAAGAUGAAAAUAUGGGGGAAUUGGUUGGUAAUGGAGCGGUGAAUGAACAGAAUGAAGCAACAAAUGGAAAUAUUUUGAGUGAUGAAAGGUUUGUUGUCCUUUAA